AUGGAAAAUGGUCCUGUUGCAGGUCUCAGACCGUCUAAGGCUAACGCAACUGACUUUGAGUUGUGGAUCAGAAUGGCUACAGACAAUAAGAUCAAUGCCAAUAAUUCAUGGAAUUUUGCUUUAAUUGAUUUUUUUCAUGAUUUGUCACUAUUGAGAGAAGGUAAAAGUAUCAACUUCCAAAAGGCAUCUGCUACGUUAGAUGGUUGUGUAAAGAUCUAUUCCUCGAGAGUCGAUUCAGCAGCUACUGAAACUGGAAGAUUAUUGAGUGGGUUGGCAGCAUCUAAAUACCAUAAACCGAAUGUCGAAGAGAAUGAACAACAAGAAGAAGAAGAUGAUGAAGAGGACAUCGAGGAAGUUGGAAAUAAGCAACGAAAGAGAAAUAGAGUAUUGGAAAGCACGCUAGUCAGCUCAUUUGAACAAAUACGGGCCAAGAAAAUGGACUUCGAGUUUGUAGUUGAUCCGGUAUUCAAAAAGGCGUUAUCGGACUUCGACGAGGGUGGAUCUAAGAGCUUACUAUUGAAUAUGUUGUCUAUUGACUCCACUGAAAGGAUAUUGUUCGACACAACGAGUGAUUCGAAGACCUUAGCAAUUGAAAAUAAUAAUGAGACAGACAUAGAAAAAGAUUUUGGAAUAAAUGAAACUGAUACACCUAAGGAUAGUCCUGAAGUGGACAUCAGCAACCUUGAAACUCUAUUUUUUAGUAACAUCGAACAAUUAGAUAACUUCAGAGUAUGUCCGUCGAUGGGUGCUCUUGAAGAAAUUGUUGCACAAGGAGUCGAUAACACCAACAUUCUUGAGCAGAUUGAAAAGCAGAAAUCGGAACAUGAAAAUCAAUAUUAUGACGAUUAUGAUAAUGCUGGGUCAGUGUUUUUUGACCAUGACGACUACGAACAUCACGACGAUGCUGGCGGGUUAGGUGAUAAUUCAAUGAAUGUGACACUUCAAAGAUUAUUUGAUGAAACAUUCCAAAAAGAACAAAAGGUCAAGGAUGGAAUUGAAGAGAUAGAUGAUAUUCCUGAUUAUGACUUAUUAGCAUAUUUUGAUCAAGCAUUAAGAAAAAAUUGGACAAAGGGGCAUGAGCAUUGGAAAGUAAAACAUUUGAUCAAAAAAAGGAAUGAAAAUGUGGAAGCAAGAAGUCAGAGAAACGAAGUAACCACCAGAAAGAAAGACAACCUGAUUAUUGAUUUCCUCAGUGAAGAAGAAUUAGACGAGGACGAAUUGUUUUCUGAAUCGGCAGCUAGGAUUAUCAUACCCAAGCAUCAAUGGAUAACUCAUGAUAAACAUUGUUUACCAGACGAUAUACAUUUCACUAGUAGAAGAUUAAUUCAUUUAUUUGUGAAGCCAUUGACUAUCUUAAAGACCUUCAACAAAAGAAAAAUCAUACCUUAUGAAAACAAAAAGGAUAACGACCAUAAAGCAUUUGCUGAUGAAGAAUUCUGGUCUGAAAAGUACAAGGAAAAUGAGGAAUUGGAACGAUCAAGAAGAUUGAACGAUAUUUUGCGUGAAGACUUACAAGAGUUACACAAGUCCUAUGAUCAAUCAUUCUUUCAAGAUACAAUGAGGAAUUUUGAAGACGAUAAUGAUUACAUUGACCCGAUGGAUGGAGGAGAUUUGAAUGACUUAUUCAAUGGGUAUGGAUCGCAGUUGGUUACGAGUCAGAGUCAUAUUAAACCAACCCAUAUAAACUUUUCAAAGGUUGCAAAACGAGUGGAUGUUAAAUUAUUGAAAAAUAACCUAUGGGAAAUAUUGAAGAGCGACUCCAUAUUCAACAGCGAAGGGUUGAAUAACGACAAAAUAGAAAAAUUUGAGAAUUAUAUGGAAAGUCAGAUAAACCCUCAAGGUAUUGAAGAAGAAGAUUCUGUAGAUGGAACCACCAAGUUCAGCACAAUAUUGAACAACCUCACCACGAAAUAUUCAAAAGAAGAAAAGAACGAUUUAUCAACCAGUUUCUGCUUUAUUUGCUUAUUGCACUUGGCGAACGAAAACGGGUUUACAAUUGAAAAUAACAAUGAUACUUCGGACUUAAUAAUUAAAAACAUGACAAUUGACGACGAUAUAAAUGACACGCAUAUAUAG